CUAGCUGAGGCGGGGGCUUCCCGCGGCAUGAACGCUGCCGGCUCCCCGUGCACGCCGGCCGGGCUGGGGCUCUGAGGGCCGCGGUUCCGGACUGAAGUUGCGGCGUCUGGCCGGGCGCGCCUCCGGCUUCCAUGGAGCUGGAGGGGCAGUGGUGGCGAGGACAGCUGGCUGCGGAUAUUCACCAGGCGCUUCGGUACAAGGAACUGAAGCUGCCUUCUUACAAGGGCCAGUCUCCUCAGCUGAAUCUCAGGCGGUAUUUUGCCGAUUUGAUUGCCAUCGUGAGCAAUCGCUUCACGCUCUGCCCUUCGGCCCGACACCUCGCCGUCUACCUGCUGGAUCUGUUCAUGGACCGCUACGACAUCUCCGUCCAGCAGCUGCACCUGGUCGCGCUUUCCUGUCUGCUUCUAGCAAGUAAAUUUGAAGAAAAAGAAGACAGCGUGCCGAAGCUGGAGCAGCUCAACAGCCUGGGCUGCAUGACCAACAUGAACCUCGUGCUCACCAAGCAGAGCCUGCUGCAGAUGGAGCUGCUGCUGCUGGAGACCUUCCAGUGGAACCUCUGCCUCCCCACGGCUGCCCACUUCAUCGAGUAUUACCUCUCGGAAGCCGUGCACGAGACGGACCUGCACGACGGCUGGCCGAUGGUUUGCUUGGAGAAGACUAAGCUCUACAUGGCCAAAUACGCGGAUUACUUCCUGGAGGUGUCUCUGCAAGAUUAUGCCUUUCUAAAUUAUGCACCUUCUUUAGUAGCUGCUGCGUGUGUGGCUUCUUCAAGGAUUAUCCUCCGUCUGUCUCCGACGUGGCCCACGAGACUGCACCGUCUCACCGCUUACUCCUGGGACUUCUUAGUGCAGUGUAUAGAACGGCUGCUGCUUGCUCACGAUAACGACGUGAAAGAAGCAAACAAGCAGAGGGGACCAGCGGCUCCUCAGUCGGCACAGCUGACUGUGUUCCAGGCAGCGCAGCCCUCACGGCCGGUUCCCUUCCAACAGCCUCAGUAUCUUCCUCAGACCUCCAUGCAGUAUCGCCAUGCCGAGUCUGAACAGCCAGGCCGUCCGCAGAUCGUGUCUGCCACGCACACCUCGUCCUACACGCUACAGACUUGUCCUGCGGGCUUCCAAACUAGUGUUCAGGGCCUUGGCCACAUGCAGACUGGUGUUGGGAUGUCCCUGGCAAUACCGGUAGAAGUUAAACCCUGCCUCAGUGUUUCUUACAACCGGAGUUACCAGAUAAACGAACAUUUCCCAUGUGUUACCCCAUGCUUUGAAAGGUGAUGACGUCUGUAUGCAGGUCAUAGACUGUUCCAAGACGGAUAGCUCUGGAGCAAGUUUUUUGUACUCCUCUUCAGAAGGAAAAGGAUACAAAUAGUACCACAAUGCAACAGGCCCCAGCACCAGAGGACUGAGUCUCCCUUUCGGUACCAUGAGUACUUAGGAGGACUUGGCAGGUACUGACAUGUGUCAAAUCCUAUGUGACAGAAAUGUCCCAAUUCUUGGCUGAUGGUCCAAAUAUUUCAUAAUGCUCAAUACAGCAGAAAAUUUGCCAUCCUAAGAUUUGACCUGUAACAGGCUUUGGCCUUACGCUGGCAUAUAUAUCAAAGACUUAGUGUUUAUCUGGGGACUUGCCAAACCAUCUUUUAUGAAGGAAGUUACAGUAUUAAUUUCUGAAGAAUUUUUUUAAUCUUUAAUCAGGUUUUUUUGACCUACUGGUAGGUUUCUAAAUUCAAACUCACUGGUUGCUAUGUAUACUAACCUGUGCAGUUAAAAAAAUCCAGAUAAUUUUAUAUAACUUCAUAUCAUAAAUACAGGUGCUGGAUUUAUAUACUACAAUUAGGGGCGAAGCAGAUACAUACCUUGAAAUCAUGGUCAUAAAUUUCGUUUUGCUCUGCUACCUUUCCCCACUAAGUGAUCAGCCCCGAUUCUUCAGGGUUAAGCACAUUUAACUCAGGGAACUUGUAGUACUCGGAAACACUUGGCUCUAACCAACAUGCCUGGGGAGUGUCAGGACAUGAACUGCCUGGUCACAGAAGCUGCGGUGCUCCUGCCGGGAUGAGACUAGAUCGUCGCACAGGACAAAUGACCGUGUUCCUGUGUUCAUGCGUGGACAGGCUGGGCACACCCAGAGCCGUCAGAGGCUCACACUCAGAUUGACUGUUGCUCUUUUAGACAGUUUUCAGGAGAGGGCAUUAUUCUAUAAAGCAUCAGUGCUAGAGUAGAGUCAGGUAGGAUUGUUCUGGAGUUGAGGGUGGCUAGGGUAGUGCUCAGGUUGGGCUGACGCUGCACUUUGUUACGGGAGGGUGGUUCAGUGAACACCCUUGGGGUCCAGCAGGUCAGGCAAGCAGGGGUGCUGAUUUCAGAAGCCACUUUCUGCGGCUGGAUGUGUAACUACACAGGGACAAGUCAUUGUAUUGGUAGUAAGUAAAAACAGCAAUAAUAGGCAACCUGGCCGUAAAACAUGUCAGGAAGAGGACAAACUUCAAAAGUAAAAAAAUAACUGAUAAACUGUACUCUUAUCCACGGAAGAGGAAAGAGCUGUUGAAGGGAAACUGUCUGGUUUAAAAUAAGUAAGGUGUGUUUGUUUUAUAAGAUAGCACUUGAAUAGAAAAGGAACUGUGGCAGCUGGGAGACCACAGUGUCUGUUGGGAGAGCUCUCUGUACAGAUGUGGGUGUGCAGCAGGAGUCAUCGGCCUUCGCUAGGAAGGGAAAGGAAGGAUUCCACAGCGUGAUGGCCUGACUGAGGCCGCUCCGCUGGAGAAGGCCAGUGGGCAGCGUCUGCCGACAGUUCUUAGAGAAAUGUUCUUUCCUUAAAAGGAAGCUAACUUUUAUAUUUUGCAUACAUAAGGCAUGGUGUGGACUUACUAGUCUGGUGAUGAAAACCACUCAGGUAAGAACACUCAUGACAGGAACACAUCACUUUUCCUCUUUAAAAAAGGCUGCUAAUUGGAUUUUAUAAUUCUUAAGAAAACUUGAAUUAUUAGGAGGAAGUAGGUUCAAAAGAUAAUGUAUCUUUCACGUUCACAGAUAGAGCCCAGCAACAUGAAGUCCAAUGCUCAGUAUUGUAACUACCUCAGUAAUGCUAUGAAUGUAAGAGACCGGGAUCGAAUCCUAACUUGAAACAACAGCCAGUGCCUGUGGUAAUUUAAUGUCUUGUCAGUGCUUUUAUUGAUUGGUUAUAUGUCAUUCUUGCUGUCAAAGAAUGUUUGCCUUUUUUAAAAAGCUUAUUAACACUUUCCAGUUUAUAUUUAAAAAGCUAAAAAACACUGGAUUAAUCCUUUUGGGGGGUAGAGUCAAAUAAUUGAUGACGAUCUCUGCAUACCCAGGUGGGGAGGCUGGGGAAUCAUGGCUAUUUUUAAAAACGCAGGAUUCAAUAUAAAUACAAUUCAACAACAGUUAGCUGGGGAUGGGGGAGGCGUGUGGGUUUCAUUUUGUUUAAUUUAUUAAUUAGUCUUAAAAGUUUUUUUUCUGUUUUGUUUUGAGAUUACUGGACCAUCAUUAAAUGUGUACUGUGAAAAGAUUAAUGAUGUGUGUAAAGGACUUAGCCAGAGUCCAUUAAUAAACACUAUUCAAGUACAAAAUGCAAACCAAAAUAUCUGUGCUAUGACUAACUACAAACAGCGAGUAUGGUGCUAAGUCUACACAGCAGGGUCAGAUGAGUGCUGUGCACUUGAUUUUAAAAUAAAAGUAGUUUUCACU